AUGUUGCCUCAGCCAGUUUUAGUCUACGUCGCCCAAGGAACUUCGCUCCGCAGGGGCUAUUGGUACGAGUCAGAUGCGACAUGCCUCGAGGUGUUUUCCAGGGCCCUCGUGGGUCAAGAAAAAUGCCCUAGCAAACUAUCCGCGUCGUUGGAGCAGAGCAUUGACCUUGCUUGGGAGGAUGUGCCCGAUUUUGUUGACCCUUUUGGUGACCGCCGAGGUUGUGCAUUCAGCGUUUGGAUAUUCGACCUCGACAAAGACCUCGUCUCUCUCCAAAAGAGAUACCAAACCUGCUUUAGCUCUCUUGAACUUGCUCGGAAACGACUGCUCACUCUGGACGAUUUUCAGGUACUGAACUCGCCCGCACAACCACUCCAGCGGGAGCCGAACCUCCCAGAGCCUUACUGGGAGCCUAAAUUGGACCUCCUCCCGCGGAUAAAGUCAUUUCUUGCCAGACUUCUCCGUGAUUUUGCUCACACGUGGCGUCAUGUUCUUCGGAGGCCAAUGAACACUAUAGUAUUUCAAAAGCUAGCAUAUGCUACCAUCUGGAUAUCAACAUUAGAUUUUACUCUAUUCGAGCGUGUGGUAUUUGAGCACGUCUCAACUUCACCUCGUGAUCCAUAUGUUGAUGUAGUUGACCUCCCAGACUGGGAGGCCCCCGAGGAGACUCUCGUUCAAGCCGGAUCAUGUUGGUUUGCUCUUGCGCAAGACACUCGAGAGGGCCUUGAAAUGGUACAACGUCAUAUGACCAAUCAUUUGGAAGAUUCUGCAACAGCUGUGAGAACAUAUGCCAUCCUGACCCUUCGGCAUGUUGUUCUUUGCAAGGCACAAGGGAGUGAACUUACGUGGACGCGCUCCGAGACGCUCUUCGGUGACGGGUAUACAUCCGAUACUGCCAUCGACAUGAUUCUCUGGGCGAUCCACACGACCAAGCCACAACCAAGUGCAAUCAACUGCCUUCCCGUCGAGAUCCAAGAUAGAAUUCUCUAUUACGCAACAACCAGCUUUGUUGCAUCAGCCAAGUUGGGCUGUACACUUGGCGCAGGAUCACCCUUCCCUUGGGUCGAUGGUGGUUUACAGCUUGAACUCCAAGAAAACAAGAGACACCGAACGGAGAGAUCCCCUGUAGAAUCCCAGAUUUAUUUUGGUGGAGUCAUGAGCGGCUUGUCUUAUAAGGGGGAACGCAGAGACGAGGGACUACAUCUCCGUCGCCUCCUGGCUUCUGCUCCCUAG